CCAACCCGAACCCCACCAGACGCGACGCAACCCGACCCGGAUGGCGCACGCGCGCGCCGCCCGCGCGCUGCUCGCCAGGUGCUCGACGGAAUGCGCCCGCCGCCCCGCCGCGGCGCCCUCGUGUGUCCGCCGCGCUGCUCUCGGUCUCCCCUACUGCUCCCCCGCCGCCUACUCCCGGGCUCCCCUCACUGCGGCUCGCGCGGAUUGGACGCGCGCUCUCGCGGGCAGGGCGUCAUCGCAUGGCGGCGCUGGCGCGGGUGGGGCGGUGGCCGAGGGGGAGGAGAGUGACUCGCAGGAGUGGAUGGUGGGGUGGGAGGAGGAGGAUGAGGAGGAGGAAGACGCCGAGCCCGAGAUCGGCGACGGCGGCGACGGUGGCGGGGUCGUCCUGCGGGACGUCAAGUGGGGGCAGCGCGCCCUCGCGGCGGCCGAGGAGGUUCUCGGCGAGCACUUCGGCGACGACGUCGCCAUGUUCGCCUUCAAGGUGUCGCCCAAGGGAUACGUAUACGUGCGGCUUGACAAGCUCACCAACAGAUAUGGGUGCCCUGGUAUCGAGGAAAUAGAGAGUUUCAAUAAACUCUACAAGCAGAAAUUGGAUGAGAUAAUUGAAAGAGGCGAGAUACCCUUGGACCUAGGAGUAGAGGUCUCAUCACCAGGAGCUGAACGACUUCUAAAGGUGCCUGAGGAUCUGGAUCGUUUCAAAGAUAUGGCCAUGAGGGUGCAAUACCUUGUUGAAGGCGACGACCUUGUCCUGAAGCAGAUCCUGCAGAAGGAUGGUAUCUUCUUGCUCGAAGCUGUUGACAUCCAAGGAGAACAUUGCAUAUGGAAGCUUGCAGAUGUUAAGGAGAAUCGAGCUCAAGCUGGGAAAGGAAGGCCAUUGAACAGGAAACAGAGAGACUGGAGGCUGCAAACUUCGUUUAAAGCAGUGAAAAAGGCAACCCUAUACUUGGACUAAAACAUGAUGGAGUGUGUUUGGAUAGAACUGAUUUAGAACCAAAUCCAGUAUUAGUUUAAAUUUUGAAUUAAGUUCCACAUACUCUGUAUUACUUGCGAAGGGUGUUCAGUACUUCAGUUAUAGAAUUAGAUUAGGGUCUAUUUAGUUUGCAGAACUGAAUGAAUUUUCUGGAGGCAAAUAUCAUUGUAAUACACAGUUAUCUCUGAGUUACUACUACAUGCUGAGCAAAACACAGAAUAGCAUGAUAAAUGUGUUUGGGAGGCAAUACAUUCUAUGGAGUU